AUGUCUACGGAUGCCCCUUCGACGGGGACACCCAAAAAUGAGGGCACACCUGCCGAUGCCAUCAAGGACUCUACCCGACGUGCUUCCGGUGCCAGACGGUCGCGUCGGAAGAAGGAUGACGACUCUAACACAAACGCCAACAACGCCAACGCCACCAACAACAAUAAUACCGAUUCUCCCAAACCGAAGAAGGAACCCAAAGAAAAACCAGCGCGCGCACCUCGACGACCUCGGGAAAAGUCCAACGCGAGUGCAGCAUCUCGCAAGAAACAGAAGCUGGAACAAGCAGCAGAAGAAGCCACACCCGCGGCUACGGAACCUGCUGUUUCGACUGCUGAACCUGAACCUGAACCUGAACCCGCAAAGCCUCCGAGUCCUCCCCAAUCACAACAACCCCAGCAGCCACCGCAAUUAGAGUCGCAGCCCAAGUCUCAGUCACAGGAACCACCUUCACAUCCUCAACCGCAAGCCGAAGCUCAAACACAAUCACAAGUUGUGCCAACUCCUCCACCGGCCCCGGCAGCUUCUACACCGUCAUAUACAAGCCCGCACCAUGCUUCCUCGACUCCAGGACCCAAUUACCCUCCUUCACAGUCAUAUCCGCCACGACCACAAUCGCAACCUCCACAACGGACCAGUGGUCAAAACUUCGACCCCAUAAGAUCUGCGUUUGACAAUCCAUCUCCGGCACCGGCGUAUAGUCCGACUCAUGCUAGGUCGCCGCAGCCCAAUUAUCGCGCCAGCGCUUCACCUGCGAUCUCAAGUAUAAUUGAUCCACCUGCGCAAAAUGCACGCAUAUACACCCCUCUGCCGCGUUCGUCCUCGGGCCAUGUCUCCAACGUUUCAUCCCCGGUGCCACCUCCAACGCAUCUCUCUCUAGCACCUUCCGCGAUUUCCAUAUCGUCGCCGUCCCAUGGCGCUGUUCAUGUCCCGGCACCACUCCAGUCCUCCAGUUCCUAUAGUACUCCCUAUCCGCCCGCCGACCAAAGACCGAUUCCUUCUCAACCGCCUCAAUUAGAACUGUCACCACCAGUCUUGCAAUCGCAACAACUGCAAUCCCAAUCCCAAUCUCCAUCGCAGCCUAAAUCUCAACCUUCGCCACAGGCUCAGCGACACCCAGAAACUCCAGCAAAGCCUUCUACGCCGCAACGAGAAACUCAACACAAUGACGCAAUGGAUAUUGAUUCGAAGGAGCAACUUGCCCCUAGCGCAAAGAAGGAAAAGGGUACCGCGACAGCUCCAUCAUCCAAAGCGCCAUCUCCUAAACCAGCGCGUCCUGCCAAGGAAGCUCCUCAACUUCCUCAAGGGUCGGGUUUGAUUACCAAUGCGCUCUUUGGAAUGGGCGGCGACGAUUCUUCAAAGUCACCCGAUUCACGCAGCACGCCCAACAUCGUUGUACAUGUUCCUCUCAACAGAGGCAACCAUAUUGUAAACUUUGCGCAGCUGGCAGAGGAGCGGUAUGGAUUUGCCGCUUUGCACCCUCGACUGGCUGCCCACAAAGAACGUCUCGCGCGUGUAGCAGCAGCCGGAGCAGCUCUAGAGCGGAAAGAGGGUCUGACUGAAAGCGCCGAUGAGGAUCUGAGUCUCGAAGCAGAUCGUGAUAGCGAUAUAGAGGGAGAUACAAUUAUGAGUAACGCCGCGCCUGGAGCCAAUGGUGCUGCUUCAGAGGCCAGUGAUGGCAAGAAGAAACGGCGCAAGAAGGUGGAGGAGUACGACCGAGAUGACCCUUUUGUUGACGACAGCGAAAUGGCGUGGCAGGAACAGGCUGCUGCUAGUAAAGAUGGAUUCUUUGUGUACAGUGGGCCUUUGGUUCCAGAGGGCGAGAAGGUCCAGGUUGAACGUGCUGACGGAACUAUCAAACGUGGUCGGGGUCGCGGCCGAGGUACAGGUCGUGGUCGAUCGUUAGCCUCUCAUCCCCAUGUCCCGAUUGCUGCGGCUGUUCCUAUAUCUCAAGAUACCGGUCUUCCUCUUCGAGGUCCAGGCUCAAGAGGUGGUACUUCGCGCCGGGCACGAACCUCCAAAAAGACGGAUCAGGGCGAAAAGCAUACGCCCGAACGCAGUGGUACCACUGCUUCUUCAUCGAACGAAAGUCGUGGGGGUCGUGGCGGCGGUUCUGCAUCCGGCCGUGGAGGCAACAAUGCUAGUACUCGUGGCGGCAAAUCAGGCAGUUCGUCGAUGAUGAACAUGAUGGAUCUGGCACCUGCGCCCCCACCUAAUUCCACUCCGAAUAUGACGCCUGCUCCUGGGCCCAGUCCACUGGCUGGACCGGAGCUAGCGAUGAAAUGA